UACUAAGAAGGAAUCUUGAACUCAGCUGGCAAAACCAAAUAAGGUUGGCGGGUAAUAAUACAAUCGAAACAAAAAUAAAUUAUUUGUUUUAGUUGUUGAAAAGGUAAAAAAAAAAAUGCUUUGUUUUGUCUACAAAGCUUAGUUUUUUGGUGAUGAACAGAUACACAUUUAGUAAUAUUAAAAACCAAAAAGAUUGUUUUUUUUUUCUUUUCUUGUUUUCAUCAUUUCUUGGGGAAAUUAAGCAAAAACCCACUUAGUUCAUUUAUCUCAGAAGUGGAAUUUUAAUUUUAUAAAUCAGCAAAUCCCAAUGAUUUUAUGAUCUGGGGUUCUUCUCAUAGUACUGGAAAUGGAAAAUUCUGUUCAAGAAAUGCAUCAAACACAGCCUGAAUUUGAUUCUUCUGCUCAUUCUAAUACACAUAUUUGUGAAGGUUCUAGACAAAGUUGCAACUUUCGGCUUGCCAAUGAAUUGAAAUUAGACGAUACAUGUUUGUCAACUCAUUAUGAUCCAAGCUUGAUUUUGUGGUCUGAAAUUUACUUGUAUGGAAAAAGAAUGGAGAGAGAGAGGAAGCUACUUUAGUGCAGCAGCAGUCAACAAGACGGCCAAACCUCUCAUCUCUGCAAAUACCUACAAGAUCUUUGGAAAAUGCUUUAUCCAGCUUUACAAGAAUAGAUGUUCCAAGUCCUAACUCUGCCAGAUCAGGGUUGCCCCCAAGGCCCCACUCUGCCAAGUUCAUGUCAUCUAUGAAGAAUUUGAUUCCACAGAAAAGCACUAGGGCAAAAAAUGUAACUCACGAUGGCGAAAAGACAGUUCUCAUUAUCCCAGACAUGCCACUUUCAGACAAGCCUUCAACUUCAAGGUCAUUUUCUCUCAAUAAAGUUUUGUUCUCUUCAACGACAAAAUCAAUCCGGUCUUUACCAGAGACACCAAUGGGAACUGUGGAAAAGCCUGCAGAGGACAAUUGUUUGGAUGAUCAUUCAGAGUUAAUUAAACCUGAAGCUCUACAGCAUAUGAAGCGUUCAUUUUCAGUUCCUAUACAUGUUAAAAGUGGAAGCUUAAGGAGGACUGAUUCAAAUGGUGGUCUCAUCCGUGUAAUUUCCAAAGUCGUUCGCACAACCACAGAUUCUGAUGCCUCAGCAGACAUACCACAGGAAACCGAAAAUGCGACAGAUAAUACUGGUGAAGAUAUUCCCGAGGAAAAAGCUGUUUGCAGAAUUUGUUUUGUUGAACUUGGUGAAGAAAGUGAAACAUUUAAAAUGGAAUGCAGCUGCAAAGGAGAGCUCGCACUCGCUCACAAGGCAUGCACCUUAAAGUGGUUUAGUAUUAAGGGUAACAAGAUCUGUGAUGUUUGCAAGCAGGAAGUACGAAACCUCCCUGUAACAUUAUUGAAAAUUCAAAAUCCUCCAACUGCUGCCAGAAGGUCCCAAACUGUAACACAGCAGAGAGAAGUGCCUCGUUACAGAGUCUGGCAAGACGUACCUAUCCUUGUCAUGGUCAGCAUGCUUGCAUAUUUUUGCUUUCUGGAGCAGCUCCUGGUGUCUGACUUAGGCGCUCGUGCUCUUGCGAUCUCUUUACCUUUCUCUUGUGUUUUAGGCCUCCUUUCUUCUUUGAUAGCUUCUACUAUGGUCGGCAAGAGUUACAUAUGGGCUUAUGCUUCAUUUCAGUUUGCAAUAGUCAUCCUGUUCGCCCAUAUAUUCUAUGCAGUGGUAAGAAUCUUUCAUUCUAUAAUUUCUUAUAAUUCCCAGCUUUCUUUACUCUUAUGUAUGUUGGCAGAGAGAGAAAGGGGUGGGGGUGGGGGUUCUGUUUUGACUGCAGGGAAGACCAUUGGUGUUUUCACUUGCAAAAAUAACCGAUACAUAAAGAUUUGCAUAAUUGCUAACGUGCAGCUUAACGUUAGUGCACUCCUAUCGGUGCUGCUUUCCUCCUUCACUGGGUUCGGUAUUGCAAUUAGUACCAAUUCGCUCCUCGUAGAGUAUUUGAGGUGGAGAUCAAGCAGACGCCUUCGAUCAUCCCCUGCACAGACAACCAGUACCGUGCAGUUGCACAGUACUCUGCCUGUUCAAAGAUAUUUUAGCUACAUCGACAACCCCUCAGGACAACAAUAUCACCACAACCACCGCCCCCAUAAUAAUCAGCAGCAACAACAACCAUUGCAUCCUGUAGUUGGACAAUCAGAAAAUCCGGGGCUGCCAGAGAUCAGGAUCCAGACCGCCUAACUCGGAGUAGUAAUAUUUUUGUAUUAUGAGGAAUUCCUCAUCUUGUGCUUCUUUUAGUAGUACCAUGAAAAAUCACUUGGUACUAAGCUGCACAAGGAAUAGGCUACAUAUAAUAUUUGGCAUUAAAGGUGGGGGGAAAUUGGAGAAAUAGGAAAGCUUGUAGAGCAUUUUAUCAUCAAUAGUAUUUGGAAUCAUGUAAUUUUGAAAUACUUAUGCUACUUUAUUAAAUACAAAAAAGGUUUCUGCUUAAAAA